CCACACACGAAGAUAUAUAUAUUGUACAGCGUCAGUGAAGCAGCACAUUAAACAAACGGUUUUCGACAGUGACUUAUGCUAAGCAGAACUGGGAGAAGAGGAAAACCAGUCACUCGGAGCUCCUGAACACCUUGCAAUGGGAGAUCGCACCACAUGGAUCACUAACGACUCCAUCAUUAGACCAGUGGGAUUUUACAUCGUCGGAUUUACGCAUUUAAAGUAUACCGAUUUAUAUUUAAUCUUCCUUGGGGCCGUAUAUAUUGUAACGGUUUUGUCCAACUCCAUUAUAAUUUCCAUUAUAUUUAUAGAUUAUCGCCUGCACACUCCAAAGUACAUUGCGGUGGCUAAUUUGGCGAUCGUCGACUUGGUCCUGAAUACAAGCAUUAUUCCUAGUAUGAUCAAGAUGUUUCUUGCUAAAGAUAACUUUAUGUCUUACAGCGUAUGCUUUACACAGAUGUUUUUUUAUUUCUGCUUUUUCUCAUUAGAGUCAUUUUCCCUCGGUGUACUUGCCUAUGACAGGUUAAUUGCAAUAUGUUUCCCACUGAGACAGAGCUCUAUCAACACAAACACCGCCAUGGCCGCUAUUUUAAUCACAGUUUGGUCAUUUUGCAUAAGUGCUACUCUGUUCUCAGUUAUAAUCCAGACCAGGCUGUCUUUCUGUAAUUCAGUUAUUGUGAAGAGCUUCUUCUGUGACUAUGCCCCCAUGUACAGACUAGCUUGCAAUGAUAACAGAUUGCAGUGGGCCACUGCCUCUUCUCUGAGUUUAAUUAUUGUGUUUGGGCCCUUCAGUUUAAUCGUCGUGUCAUACACCUGUAUUUUGACAGCCGUGUUCAGAAUGAAAAGCGUGGAGAGCAGGUACAAAGCACUCGCAACCUGCACAGAACAUCUCGUUCUAGUGGCGAUUUUCUAUGUGCCGAUCAUGACAGUGUUUACCAUUGAGCUUUUCUUUGCCGUUUUCAAAAUUGAUCCGGAAGUCGCUGCGGUGAACAUGUCUUUGGCCUCGUGCAUCCCGCCCUGUCUGAACCCCAUUGUGUAUUCCCUGUCAACCAAAGAAAUCAGGAACAGAAUACUGGCUAUGCUCCAGAAAGUAAAGGUAGCAUCGUGGGCACGGCAGGCAUAGACCCAAAGGUUGCAGGAAAUGUACAUUUUUCAAAUGAGAAACAUUCAUUCAGUUUUAGGCCUUGGUGUUUGGCCUCACUGUUGCAUGUGUGUGAGGUCCAACAUGAUGUAGCAGAAAUUUAUUUUCCUGGAAGUA